ACAACAACAAAACAAACUUCAUGAAUUUUAUAAAUAAAAAUUUAUAUAAUAAAUCAAAAAAUAAAAAUUUAAAUCCUGCGUCAUCUACACGUGACGACAUCAUCAUCGGUAGGAAGACACGGGAAACGUUGUCAAUCUUCCCCAACAACAACAACAACGAUCGCGUCAAGCAUCAAGCAUUUUCGAUGAAAGCAUAAGAAGUCCAAAUUAUUUUUUUGCUACAAACUACAGCAAACAAUACCAAUAAACAAAAAAAAAAAAAAAAGAGAAAUUGGCGGCACUUGUGCGUUAAGAGAUUCAGAUAACAAACGUCGUGAAAACACUUCCUCUUUAUAACAAUUGAAGCAAGCGACGAGAGAGACGGCGCAAACGCUAGUAAGAAGGGGGCUACUCUUGGCUAUUAAAUAAAUAAUUGUUAUUUAAUUCAAAUUUUGGUAGAGAAGAUACUACAAGAUCAUAAAGAAGUUCAAGGCAGAUAAACAUGGGUUCGGUUAAUGUGAACCGUAAUGUUACAGACAUUUUCUAUCGGUACAAAAUGCCGCGUUUACAAGCCAAAGUCGAAGGUAAAGGCAAUGGCAUUAAAACGGUUAUAGUUAAUAUGGCCGAAGUGGCACGAGCCAUAGGACGACCAGCCACUUAUCCAACCAAAUACUUUGGUUGCGAAUUGGGUGCUCAAACUCAAUUUGAUUAUAAGAACGAGCGUUUCAUUGUUAAUGGCUCCCACGACGCAGCUAAAUUACAAGAUCUCCUUGACGGUUUUAUACGCAAGUUUGUCUUAUGCCCUGAAUGCGAUAAUCCGGAAACUGAUCUUACAGUUUCAGCUAAGAAUCAAACUAUAUCGCAGUCUUGUAAAGCAUGCGGAUUUCACGGUUUGCUUAAGGUCAAUCAUAAGGUGAAUACUUUCAUUUUGAAAAAUCCACCGUCGGUAAAUCCAGCCGCGCAAGGUUCCUCUUUGACCGAAGGCAAACGUUCGAAACGUUGUACUAAGAAGCAGAACAGUGAAAAUGGCCUUGACAACACUAAAGAUUCUAUCAAUAAUUCUGUAUCGAAUAAUUCUGGCGGGGAGUCUGAUGGUGGCAAUCAGGCUAGCCAUCCGGAGGCGGAGAUUAAUGCCGCUUUCGCCGAAAGUAACGGCGCUGACGAUGAUGAAGAUGCCAACUGGAGUGUUGACGUAUCAAAGGAAGCCAUACGCGCCCGUUUGCAGGAUUUAACCGAUGGCGCGAAGGGCAUGACAAUUUCGGAAGAUUACGAUAAAACUGAAAAGGAGCGCAUUGACAUUUUCUAUGAUUUGGUUAAAAAAAAGUUACAUGCGGGUCAACUGGAUGAUGUGGCGGAGCAUAAGGCAUUGUUAAUAGAAGCUGAACGUUUAGAUAUCGUGCAGAAGGCUCCAUUGGUAUUGGCCGAAUUACUUUUUUCGGACAAUAUCGUUCAGGAAGUGCGCAAACAUAGGGUUUUAUUAUUGCGUUUUACUCAUAAUAAUCCAAGAGCUCAACGAUACUUGAUAGGUGGCUUAGAACAGAUAAUAGCUUUGCACAAAGAUAAACUAAUGCUUAAAGUUGCUGUGAUUCUUAACCGUUUCUAUGAUUGCGAUAUAUUGGAUGAAAAGGUCAUUUUGGAGUGGUCUCAAAAAGUCAGCAAACGCUAUGUAUCUAAAGAGGUAGCAACGGAAAUACAUGAAAAGGCUAAGCCAUUCAUUCAAUGGCUUAAAGAAGCCGAAGAGGAAGAGUCUUCCGAAGACGAUAACGAUGAUUCUGAAGUUGAGAUUGAAUACAAUGAUCGCGUACGUAUUGAGCCAUUAAAGGCAGCUAUUGUCACUCCGGUAGCCAAGAAAGUAAUUGAUGAAGAUGAUGACGGCGACGAGAUCAAUAUCGAUGAUAUCUAAACCAAUAGAAUAUAACAAUAUACCUAAAGCAAUUGAGAAAAGAUAUGUGAGAUCAUUGCUUAAGCUCCAUUGCAUCAAAACACAAAUUUUAUUCUUACUUCAUGUACUCUUUAUAAAGCACCACUACCACCAUUAGAAUAUAGCGGUAAACACAUAUCUUUGUUUUAUCUUUUAAAAGAAAGUAAUUUUUUCCAUCUGAAUUUCUUAACUAUCAAGUGCUUUUUUGCAAAAUAAUAAGAAUUUUUAUUCUUUGAUUUAUUAUUUCGUUGAUCUUCUCUUUUUUUUUUUUCUAAUUUUUCAUUUAGACAUAAUUGUAUUGUAUUGCGAUUUUUUAAAACUAUAAAAUAACUCGUCGGGAUAGAUACUACUCAGCAUAUGGUUUAUUCUUUUCGGUUUUUGUCAGGUUUUUCAAAACUGUUAUUAACAACAAACAAAAACGUAUUGAACAAACCUACUUACACGUAGUUUAUCUCUCCGUGGUAAGCCAGGUUGCUCCAAGAUAUAGUCCUAGCGUCGGAUCAAAUCCAUUAUUGAGAGAACCCCGGCUGGUUCUUGCUUUCAAUCCGUUGCGAAAAUGUUAUCUAAACUUCAUAUUUAAAGUUGUUCUCAUACUUUUUACAAUUUUCAUAUUUAAAAAAAAAAAAUUUUUUUUCUUCAUAUAUAGAGUAUAUGUAUUAAUUAAUAUAUAAUAUUUUAACUAAAACUAAACUUUCAAAAAAUAUUAUGGCACUGAAUAAAAAGUUCUAUUUAAACUUUCGCAGCGAAUUUCAAAAUAAAAUAAAAAGAAAAGAAAACAGGAGUCUCCUUGUAAGGGAAGAUAAGGUGCGGGACAAUCUCUUAGUGCAGCCUAUCUGACAUGGAUAAUACUUUAACCUUUCCUUCCUUCAAACAUUGUCGUAAAAUUUUUGAAAUUUAUUAUGCAAGCAAAAUAUGUAAAAAAAAACAAAAAAAAAAAAAAAGAUUUAACACUUUUCAAAAUAAAAAUAAAAACCUGGCGUUCUUUAAAUAACUGUAAAAACUGCAAGUUGUAUACAACAUUCAAAUUUUUCCAUUUUUUUUGUUUUUAUUCUUUUUUUCUUAACUUUUAAGAGAGUUUUGCAAACUAUCAAAUAUGUCAAAGGAACAUGAAAUUGAAAAAAAAAAAAAAUUUGCACGAA